UUUUCAGGAAGCUACAUGAAGAGCAUGAUGACUCAGAUUGAGCGGAGAUUUGAGAUCUCGUCGUCGGUGGUUGGCUUGAUUGACGGGAGCUUUGAGAUAGGAAACUUACUGAUCAUGGUUCUGGUGAGUUAUCUUGGACCAAGAGUUCACCGCCCCAAAGUGAUUGCAACAGGUUCUCUAAUUAUGGCCUUUGGAUCCUUCCUGUCAGCGAUGCCACACUUUAUCAUGGGACAUUACAAUUACAAAAGUAUCGCUGUUUCCUUGGCCAAUUCGUCCACAAGUGUUUCAGCCUGUGCCUCAGCCUCUCCCCCUCACAACCUCUUGGGGCUUCUUUUGCUUUCAGGAUGUGAAAAAAUGGCUAGUUCCUAUUUGUGGGUCUUUGUGUUUGCUGGGAACCUUCUACGUGGAAUUGGGGAAGCACCUAUCAUGCCUUUGGGGAUGUCAUACAUUGAUGAUUUUGCCACAGAAGAAAACUCUGCCUUUUAUAUAGGAAUUGUGCGGUCUACAGCGAUGUUUGGACCAUCUCUUGGCUUUCUGCUUGGAGCAUUUUGUGCUGGUUUGUGGGUUGACAUUGGAGCAGUAAACCCAGAUACACUGACCAUCAAUUCCAAAGACACACGUUGGGUCGGUGCUUGGUGGCUUGGGACGUUGAUCUGUGGUGCCACCAGUUUUAUGUCAUCUUUUCCUUUCUGGUUCCUGCCUUACUCUUUGCCACAAGAAGGAGAACAAGUUGUUAAGAAGUCAACUGAAGUUUAUGUAAUCACUCAAGUCAGCCAGAACAAAAUGGAAGCUCCCGGCCACCCAAAGAUGAAGGUUUCGGAAGUGGCGAAAGAUUUCUUUCCUACUUUGAAAAAGCUGUUUGGAAACCCCAUCUUCCUGAUCUACUUGCUCCUUACAAUCUUCCAGUACAAUUCUCUGGUUGGCACGAUAACCUUUGAAUCCAAGUUUAUGGAGCAGCAGUUCAACAUUGCUGUUUCAAGAGCCAUCUUUCUUAUUGGUGUGAUUGUCUUACCUAUUACCAUUGUGGGGAUGUUCCUGGGAGGUUUCAUCAUCAAGAGGUUCAAACUGCAAAUUGCAGCCAUGGCGAAGUUUGCCUGCAUCACCUUUGUGACAGCCUUCCUGUUAAACCUGUUUUACUUCGCCGCCAGUUGCCAAGUGCCUAAAGUGGCUGGUUUGACUGUCAACUAUUCUGGCAUCCAAGAAGUGUCCUUCAAAGAGAAGCCGUUAUCUCUCUGCAACUCUGACUGCAGCUGUGAAGAGAGCCACUGGGAUCCAGUUUGUGGAGACAACGGUAUCACCUACAUGAGCCCAUGUUUAGCUGGCUGCAAAACGUCCGUGGGGAGUGGAAAGGAUUUGGUAUUUCAAAACUGCAGUUGCGUAGGAGUGUCAGGAGCUGGUAAUUCUUCUGCAGUUCUGGGUCAAUGUCCAAGGGAUAAUUGUGCAAAAGAAUUCCCUUACUUUUUAGUGCUGUUGUCCAUAGUUGCAUUUAUCUUCUCUGUGGGAGGAACACCUACAUAUAUGCUUAUGUUUAGAUCAGUGUCACCAGAUUUGAAAUCUUUUGCUGUGGGCAUCGAAGCUUUGUGUGGAAGAGUCCUUGGGGGGCUCCCUUCCCCGAUUUACUUUGGAGCUUUGAUUGACCAGACCUGCUUGAAAUGGGGUGUGAAAACCUGUGGUGGAUCUGGGGCUUGCAGAGUCUAUGAUACCAAAGCAUUCAGAAAUGUCUACCUGGGGGUCAUUGCUGCACUAAGAUUUGGAAGCUUCUUUCUUUAUAUCAUCCUUUGCACUCUAAUCAUAAAACGUUGCAGGCAAAGCAAUCAAAUGACGAAGGGCAUCAAAACUGGAGAAGUACUUGACACUAAGUUGUCCAAUAUCAGUCCAAAGACAGAAGAGUCCUCUCACAAGGAGAUGCAAGUUGCUGGAGACACUCCUUUUUGA